CUGAACAUUUACCACCCACAUAUAGCCAAACCUGAUUUAAUGCACCCUCAUGCUUACAUUUAAACAUGAAUGAGUAGUUAAAUAGUGUUAUAAUAGUAUAUCUUAUUUGUGACAUGGGACCUGCAGAGAUAUCAAUUGUUCAUUUUAACGAGUAUAAACUCGUUACUAAUUCUCUCACUCCCACUCGUUCACACAGCCUACGUGAGAGAAAUUAGCACGGCAUCAAAUUCAGUGUCUACCAGCGUUUCUCAAAAUAACACACCAGAUUUUAGGAUUCACACACAGAAAAUGAAAUGUGUGUGUGUUUGUGUGUCUUCUAAUAUUAUCUCAAGAGUUUUGUCUGCUUGUUCUCCUUGACCCGUCCCGUUAUGGGUCAGUUCUCCAGAGAGUGGCCAACCAGUGGCAGCCCGGCCGACACCGGGGCUCAGGUGGACAGACUGACACAGCUCUGCACGGAUCUGAGUCAUUGCUACCAGAGCGAGCGGCUGCUGACUGGCCAGACCUUCAGAACCUCUGGCACUGAGCCAGGUACCAGCCCAACCAGAGGAGAUGCAGAAGGGGGGAUGGAAGGAGGGAUAACAACAUGCAAGAAGAGGGAAUAUGAGUCCUUGCUGAUGCUGGAAGGACUGGAGAAGAUGGUGGCAGACCUCCGGAAACAUGCUGGACAGCUGAGAAAAGAGCGGGAGGCAUGGGAUCGAUGGAGGAGGCUGAAGGGGGAAGGAGCGGGCGCGUUCUGCCCCGUCAGGAGUAAGGGCGAGUGGGGUGACAUGAGUGGGGUGACCCCCUUACCCCCCACCCUGACCUACACCAGCCAGGCAGAGCUCCAGGAGGUGGAGAGGCUGAGGUUGCGAGUGGAGCUGCUACAGCAGGAGGUGCACCUGCAUCAGGCUCUCUCUGACACCAUGGUCAUGCCCUCCGCUCCUGGACUUCCCAACCCCGCCGCGCUCCGUGACAUUUACUCCCUGCUUGGAGAAGGAGGGGUGACGUUUCCUACUCUGGUUCUGGACACAGAACCUGACUAAAGGAACAGGUCAAAUGAACUGAACAGGCCAAAUCACCUGGGUCAUGUUUAUUAGGGCACACAAUGCAGCAGAAAACAAAUGAAAGUUUCUAAUUGGACAAGUCCAGGUAGCCUCUCCCUGUUUCAUUCGGUGUUCUUCCAUUUGGUGCCUAAUGAACACGACCAAGAAAGACUAUUGAAGAGUAGACCAAUGAAUGGUAUGUCUUAGGAGGGGACACUGAGAACAGAGGAAGAAGAAUGGAGAAUCUUCUGAAAAGAGGCAUUUUUGUAUGUUGGGAAUGUCAAUCUGUGUAUUUAUUUGGAGAUAUUGAGCAUUUUGGUUUUACAUUGUUCCUUUUUAUAUAUUGUAAGACUCCUAUAAUUAAAUUAAAUUAUUAAAAUGGAUGGAUAUUGAAAAAGUAA